UAGUGCCAUGUUACGUUAAGUCUCUAAAAUUAACAGGGUUAAACUGACGUUCGACUAAAAUCAGUCGUUUUACUCGUGGUGACAGAUUGUUCUGCAGUGUAGCCGAAGGCACAGAUUAAGUGGGAAGUUGAUAAUCUGAUUGUGUGUUGGAGAAGCCGACGAAUGUGAAUGCCAAAUAAAGGGUGUGAUAACAGAGAGACCUAUAUGUUUUCAUUCGCGCCAUACCAUCGGUCGAUUUCGGCCAGACGCCAAUUGUAUCAUACUCAUUUUCGUUGGUCGUAUUGCACCUAGCUGCGACGUAUUGCACCAUUGAGGGCUCGAGAACAUCUUUGACACCGACAGUACAGUGUUUGGCGCUAAGUUUAGAAAAUUAAUGUUUUGGUAAUGAUGUUUUGAAUUGUUGAAUUUUUUGUACAGGAAUGUGCAGAUCAUUCUGCCAUGUCAGUAGCACUUUUGCCAUCGUCUACCAUCAGACUUGUGACCACGACACAAAUAAUUACAACGGUGUCGAGUGUUGUGAAAGAAUUAAUUGAAAAUUCAUUGGAUGCCGGUGCUACAAAUAUAGAAGUUAGAUUGGAAAGGAAUGGUCUGGAGAAAAUAGAGAUAAAGGAUAAUGGUUGUGGAAUCAAACCAUCUGAUGUUGCAAAUGUUUGCCUUUCAUCUUAUACUUCCAAAAUACAGAACUAUUCCGAUCUAGGUAGACUCUCUACAUAUGGCUUUAGAGGAGAGGCACUUUCUUCCUUGUGCCAAGUGUCAAGUAUUACAAUCACGACAAAGACUGCCAGUGACAACAUUGCAAUGACCUAUAUGAUUAGUCAAGAUGGAAGCAUCUUAAACUCAAGACCCUCUCAUUUUGGCAAUGUUUCAGGCACCCACAUUGUGGUGACAGAUCUUUUUAAGAAUCUGCCUGUACGCAAACAGUAUCUAAGCAAUUCACGAAAUGCUGCUGAAGACAUUAGAAGAACUGAACAAAUUGUGAAAAGCAUUGCAGUAAUCCAUCCUGAAGUGAGAAUUACUUUUUGCCACAAUAAGUGCAGUUUGUGGCAGAAACCAGUGGUGGCUACACUACAAGAAUCAUAUAUGCAAAUUUUUGGUUACAGUAUUUCAAGCAAUUUAGAACAGCUGGCCCUUCGCAAGGAACAGGUGAACUUUGAACUAUUAGUUCCUUUGAAGAACUGCACUGAUAUUGCAGCAUUGUGUCAAGCCAGUUCAAACAGCAUUAUGACGUAUUUUAAUAAACGCCCUGUAAAAUACGCAAAAAUUGAGAAGGUGAGCUCAGUAUUCGUCACCACAAAAAUCAUCAAACAGUAUUUUGGCCCAAAAUUUCCUCAGAGGAAAUAUCCUAUCUGUGUUGUAUCUGUAACUCUUCCUGCAGACCUUUUAGAUGUAAAUUUGGAACCAAAUAAAACAAAAGUGUUCUGCAAAGAAGAGUUCAAGAAUAUUACAUCCGUCAGAGUAGAACUACAUUUAGAGGCUAAAAAUUGCAGCACCAUGAAGGCAGCAUGCUACGAACAUCAAAUUGGCUUGAUGUUUACUGUAUGCUUGGAUAUGCAAAUUGUUUGGCUGCUUUUGCUUGAUAAAGAGAUGUCAAUGAAGAAUAAGAAAAUUACAUUGCUGGUGGAUAAUUGUAGUGUGCAUAACAACAUGCCAGUGUUGAAGAAGGUUGAACUAUGCUACUGCCCCCCGAACAAUACUUUGAUUCUUAAGCCACUAGAUGUGGGGAUAAUUAAGAACCUUCAAACAAACUACCAUUCACAUUUAGUUCAACAUGUGAUAGCAAGCAUUGAAAGAAAGAAAAAUGCAAGACUUUCUGAAAGUGAAGAUGUUGGUGAGAAUGUUGUGGUGGAUGAAAUAAUGCAGGAUGAUAUUCAAGGUGAUCUGGAGAUUUAUCCAACAGUUAUUGGUAAAACCAUAGGUGCUACAGUAGUUGAAUACUUGUCGGUGGAUAACGAGGCGUUGGUGUUUGAAGCAUAUACAGACAAAUCUAUCAUUGAGGAGUUAAAUGGUAAUACAUCUGUUGAAGAUUCUCACAAUGACAGUGAUGUGAUAAGUGUGAAUCCCCCUCCUCUGAUGGAGCUAAUAGGGAGCUUAAUAAAGUUAAUUCUUGCACCAUGCCUCAAGUCUUGCUAUGCAGCUCUAAAAAAAGAUUUUGUCAGAUCUGAAAAAGCUAUCCACUACUUUGUGUCUUUCCCAUGCUCAAAAAAACGGGCAGUUCCAGUUUUGCAGAGAAGGGGUGUCCUUGUAGGAAGUCUACAUCUUAAGAACACAAUCCUAUCAUCUAUUGAAGAAAUGCUUAUUGAGUAUUAUGGACUUCAGAACGAAGAAGAGGACACAGAAAAUUGUAAGCAACCUGUGUCCAAAAUUAACAGGAAGCUUAAACCUCAGUCCACUGUUGAAGAGGAUAGGCCAAUUAAACGCUCAAAAUUGAUCGCUGAGUGUCCUAGUACAUUAGAAUCCUCACAAAACCCAAGUAUAAGUACCACUGCACUUCCUACGCAAUCAAAGAAUCUCCAAAUUGGAAAUGAAAAUAUUGUAGAUCAUGGUGCACAUUCUAAGCAGUCAGAGAAUCCGCAAAAUGCAAAUGGAAAUAUUGUAGAUCACAAUGGAGACAGGACAGUGGUUGAAAGUUUGGCACGUGUGUGCCAAGAGUCUGCAAUGGCUGAGUUUUUGAAUAGUGCUGAGAAUAAAGAAACAGAGCACUGUGACGUUUUGCAAGGAAUAAAAGACAGUACUUCCCAUGAUGGAGAUAAUGAACUGAAGACUGUUGAAUCAAGAGACAAUUUUCUCCACAGCUCACUGGAUUUGCCAAAGAACUCUACAGUCACCAAUGGAGAGGUACUAGCUACUCAGUUGGAGAGAGAAACUGGGCAAAUAGAUUCUGUUGGUCCCGAACAGAGAGGUGACAUGCAAAUUAGUAAGUCUAAAGACAGUGUUGGACAUGAAACAGUAACAGAUAUGACAGAACAUACUAAAAUACAUAAUGAUACUUCUCUCAGAAUUGAAAGCAGUCUUUUCAACAUGCUUGAUGAUAUAGAGGAUGUAUUUUUUGGGUUUGAUACACCCGAGCAAGAUGCUAGUCAGAGAGAAAGAGAGAGAGCAAAACAGGCAUUAGAAGCAGCAAAAUCUGUAGAAACUACAAAAAUGGGCAAAUCUGCUAAUUUGGAAGAUUUGAACAAGGAACAGUGGAGCAAAGGCUCAAUUAAAACAAAAAAUGGCUGUACAGUUGAGGGUGCUAAACUCUUACUGCCAAAAGUGAACAAGAGUAAAAAGGAAUUUUUUGAUCUGUCCUUGCACAGUGUCAGCAGUCAAAUGGGCUGUAAAGAGCAGAGUGCAUUCACAAAAUUUUCAAGACAUAUGCGUCCAAAACUUCUUGAAGAAAACCCUGGUGUUGCAUUCACAAAAGUUGCUAGCCUUCUGGUUGAGCACUGGAAACAACUGACAGAUGAAGAGAAGUCUAAAUAUGAAGAAAUAGCACGAGAGGAGGAAGAGAGGAAGCACAAUGUUCCCACUAGGAAAAGUACUGAAAAAAUAUGUUCUCCAAGUGUAGUAGAAAUGCUGAAUACCACGCCAAUGAGGAAACCUCCAUUGGAUGAUCUCCAUAGUGUAGAUGGCUGUGUGCCUUGUUCUAUGACAGAAAUUAAUCAAAAAAUGGAAGAAAUAGCAUUAAAGCACAGAAGUUCAGGCAAAGGAUCUGGUGAAAUAUUUGUGAUUGGCCAGAUACGACCACAUGGUGUGUGGUUAUAUAUGAAAAACAGAGAGAUUGGGAUAAUCAGGCAUUGGGCACUGCAGGAGACUGUCGAGUUUCAUAAAAUGAUGAAGGAGACAACAGUGCCCUUGGCUCCAGUUAUGAACAAUAUACCUCUUAGACCUAGUUUGCUAGGUCCAGAACUGUGGAAUAUAUUUACAUCUUUAGAGCAUUCUUUUGAUACUGCAUCUGGUGAAAUAGUUGUAUCAAGUCCAUUUAUAAGUAAAAAUGGAUUCCGAAUUGUCAUAUCUGAAGGCCCAGACGAUGAUUCUGCUUCCAUUUCACACAUUGCAAGUACUGUUAGAUUCUAUGAUGUUAUGGAGUUAAAAGAGAUAUUGCAAAUAUUGAAAGUGAAAGGCUCAAAUUGUGCUUUGGAGCACUGCCGACCUUUAAAGAUCCUUAACUAUUUCAAGAGUGAAGCCGUAACCAUAUGCCGUAAAGCUGCAGAUACAAUGAAUUACAGUGACUUGACAACUAAUCUUAUGUACUGGGAAAAAUAUUUAAAAGAACAGUCUUUAUCAUGCUUACACAGGAAACAGAUUUUUGUGCCAUUCCAUACAAUCAAUUCUUGAAGAUAGCAAACAGAAGAAAUUUCUGAAAUUAGUGGAUGGUAUACAAUACUUGAUGGUGUACAAUACUCAGGGAUUGUUUUAAACUAAUUUGUUCCAGACUGACAUUACACUGUUUUGUAAAUAUUUGUGAAACAGAUGUGACUGUGAGAGUGUCAGAUAUUUGAUUAGGCAUGAAUCUUACAUGACCACAUUUCACCUACCGAUGUGUCAGAAAUAUUUUUGGUGUAGUAGAAUAGGUCACCAGAAACAUGUCAAUUUGAGUUAAUCUUGGGUAGUGCACAUAAAUGACUUCUAAUAGUUUUCAGAAGAGGCAUUUAUGAAACUUACAAGAAUUGAAAGCAAAAUCAGCAGCGUUAAUGUUUGAGCAUUGAUGAACUCUUGUCGGAUGAUGAGCUGAGCAGUGGUGUCAUCUUGUCGCAAUGUUUCAAUGAUGAUGGGUACAAAACUCAUCGAAACAUUGCAACAAGAUGACGCCGCCACUCAGCUAUCACACGAGAAGAGUUCAUCAAUGGAAUACAUCAAGAUGUUUGAGCAUGUCACACAAUUUCAUUAAUUACAAUAAUUUACAAGAGAGAUUAUUUUUAACCAUCAGUGACAGAAUAAAAUGGAGCAUUAGUAUCACUGUUAAAAGGUCACCCACAGUGUUUCAGAUUUUAUGGAAGCGAAUAAAAAAUAAUGUAUAUCGUGUAAAUAAAAUUUUGUUUGUUAA